CCGGGCUUUGGCGCUCUGUCCGGGCUCCGUGUCUCCCGGGCUGCCGCUGCUGCUGACCUGAGUCCCCGAAUAAUGCUCAGUAUUAUCCGCUCGGGUUCAUUUAUACGCGCCUGAUUGUGUUUAAAUCAUGACAGAGGAGGAGCUGAAGGUUCCGGACGAGCUCUUCAAGGACGUGAAGUUCUACGUGGUCGGGGACAUUGAGAAGAAGGUGGUACAGCUGCUGAAAGCUGGGAAGGGUAAAGAAGUCUCCUACAACGCCCUCGCCACCCACAUUAUCGCUGAGGACGGAGACAAUCCUGAAGUUGGAGAGUCCCGGGAGGUGUUUGACUUGCCUGUUGUGAAGCCCAGUUGGGUGAUCCUCUCUGUCAGAUGUGGAGACUUACUACCCGUUACAGGCUUUUCGCCUGAAUCAGGGCAGCUUUUCUUUGGAGUCCGGGCGUGUUUACCUCAUCUUGCAGAAGACCUCAGUACCCUGUGGGCCUUUAUUACAUUUUACGGAGGCGAAUGUCAGCUGAAUUUCAACAAGAAGUGCACACACCUGGUGGUCCCUGAACCUAAGGGGGCCAAGUAUGAAUGUGCGUUGAGACACAGCAGCAUUAAGAUCGUGACCCCUGAGUGGAUUGUAGACUCGGUUAAAGAUAAGAGCAGACAGGACGAGGCUCUUUAUCACCCGCGCCUCACCUACCUGGAGGAAGAUGAGGAGGACGAAGAGGAAGAAGGGAGUGAGUAUGAAAACGAGCGCAGCUCUGAGGGCAGCUCUCGUAGCAGACGCUCAAGCCCCGGGUCCUCCCGCGAGGGCACGCCCUCCAGACGCCACACCCGCUCCCCGUCGCCCAAACCCGAGCGGCGACAGGAGCUCAUGUUCGACGACUCGGACGACUCCAGCCCGGAGAAGGAGGAGCGGAACCUGAACUGGACGCUGGCCGACGCAGCCAAGCGUCGCCUGCAACCGAAACAGGACUCGGGCCUCAUCAACCUUUGUGCCACCGUGCCGCCUGUGCCGGGCCCAGUGGGAGGAGCCGGAGGCCCUGGUGUUUCCUCAGGGACGGAGAGGCCGGACAUGAUUGGCGGCUGGAACGCGCCUGCCCGACCACUACGAAACAUCACUAACAGCGGCGAGCCACAGCAGGUUAAUCGACCACCUAAUGUCGCUCAUAUCCUUCAGAGUCUGUCUGCCACUGCUAAAGGCCUGGAGCAGCAGGGUGGCCAGGGCCAGCCUGGUGUCCCCAACCAGCUGCUCUUCAACCCUGUGAAGGGGCCACAGCAACAACAGCUCACUCCUGAAGCACAGCAGCAGUUACUUCAGCAGCAGCAGCAACAGCAACAAGCACAUCAGAUCCCUCCGCAACAACAACCACCGCAGGCCCAGCAUGCACAGCACAUGCUUCAGCAGCAACAUCCCAUGAUGCACCUGCAACAGCAAAGCAUACAAAUGCACCAUCAACAACAACAGCAGCAGCAGCAACAACAAGGGUUCCCUCAGAUGCCUCAACAGCAGCAUCAGUUCCUUCAGCAGCAGCAGCAGCAGCAGAUGCACCAACAAAUGUAUUCACAACAGCAACAUCAGCAGCAGCAGCAACACACAUUUUUGCAGCAGCAGUUGCGACCGCAGUUGCUGCGACAACCUUUACAGCAGCAGCAGCAGCUGCAGCAACAGCAGCAGCACGCGUUGCAGCAGCAGUUGCAGCAGCUGCAGCAGCAGCACAGGCUUCAGCUGCAGUUGCAACAGCAGCAGCAACAACAACAACAACAACAACAACAACAGCAGCAGCAGCAGCAACAGCAACAACAAAAUCAGCAGCAAAUGCACCAGCAACAUUUGCAACAGCAGCAGCAGCAUUUCCUGCAGCAGCAGCAGCUCCAGCAACAUCACAUGCAGCAGCUGCAGCAGCAGCAACAACAACAACAACAACAGCAGCAGCAGCAACAACAACAGCAGCAGCAACAGAUGCAAAACCAGGUGCAGAUGCAGCAUCAGAACACACAGGCUCUUCAGCAUCCACAACAGACGGCGCUGCAGCCUCCGCAGAUACACCAGCUGUUUGGGCAUGAGCCGGGCCAAGAGAUCCCAGAGGACGGCUUUCUCGUUGGAUGUGUCUUCGCUAUCGCUGACUAUCCGGAGCAAAUGGCCGAUAAGCAGUUAUUGGCCACAUGGAAGAGGAUAAUUCAGGCGUACGGAGGGUCGGUGGACUCUGCUUUGAAUCGCUGCACUCACUUGCUAUGUGAAAGUCAGGUCAGCAGCACCUACGUGCAGGCUCUAAGAGAGGGGAAGCGCUGCGUGACUGCUCAUUGGCUUAACACCAUUCUGAAGAAGAAGAGGAUGGUUCCUCCACACCGGACCCUGCACCUUCCCUUCAGCUUUCCUCCCGGGUCCAAGCCUUGCUCACAGCAUAUCAUUUCCGUCACUGGAUUUUUGGACAGUGAUCGGGACGACUUGAAGCUCAUGGCCUACCUAGCAGGAGCUCGCUACACUGGAUACCUGUGCCGCAGCAACACCAUUCUCAUCUGCAAAGAGCCGAGCGGUCUGAAGUACGAGAAGGCGAAGGAGUGGAGAAUACCGUGUGUGAACGCUCAGUGGCUGUGUGAAAUCCUGCUGGGGAACUUUGAGGCUCUGCGGCAGGUCCAGCACAGCAGAUACUCGCAGUUCAACAUGAAUGAACCUCUGGCACCCAACCCACACCUAGUGCAGAAACUACUGGUUGCCUGGUGGAAUCCUGUGAAAGUCUCACCGGAUGCAUUGGUGAGUUUACGUCUGCAGCAGAAGCAAAAACAGACAGACAACAGCUCGCAGCCGCCGGCCAAGAAAGCUAAAUUGGAAGAGUUGCCCACGCCGACCAAGAAGCUUCCGCCGGAGUCCACGCCGUACGUCUUCUUCACUGGCUUUGAACCUCUGCUGGCCCAGCAGUACAUAAAGAGAUUGUAUGAACUCGGUGGAGAAGUAGCGGAAAGCGCACAGAAGUGCACUCAUCUGGUGGCCAGCAAAGUGACCCGCACAGUCAAGUUCCUGACAGCCAUAUCCGUCGUUAAGCACAUCGUCACGCCGGAGUGGCUGCAGGAGAGCUGGAAGAGCCAGAAAUUUGUGGAUGAACAGAACUACAUCCUGCGUGAUGCAGAGGCAGAGGUGCUGUUCUCUUUCAGUCUGGAGGAGUCGCUGAAGAAAGCUCACUCGGCUCCACUCUUCAAGGGGAAGUACUUCUACAUCACGCCGGGAAUCUGUCCGAGCCUCAGCACCAUGAAAUCCAUCAUUGAGAGCGCUGGAGGAAAGCUGCUGUCCAAACAGCCUUCCUUCCGCAAGAUCAUGGAGCACAAGCAGAACAAGAACCUGCCAGAGAUCAUCCUGAUUUCAUGUGUCAACGACCUUCACCUGUGCCGUGAAUAUUUCCUGAAGAAUAUUGAUGUGCACAAUGCUGAAUUCAUUCUAACAGGAGUCCUGACGCAAACCCUGGAUUAUGAAUCAUAUCCUUUUUCCCAGAGCUCUGUGAAGUCGGAGACACAGUGAACAUAUGAAAUGCCGCUACUACAAUUCCUGUAUUAAUACAUUUAUACUUCCUGGCCAAAAAAAAGGUCACUAAUAUUAGGUUGAAUUGCCUUUAGCUUUGAUUGCAGCACACAUUCACUGUGGCAUUGUUUCAAUAAGCUUCUGCAGUGUCACGAGAUUUAUUUCUAUCCAGUGUUGCAUUAAUUUCUCAUCAAGAUCUUGCAGCAGCAUUGAUGAUGGUAGAGUCUGACCACUGCACAAAGUCUUCUCCAGCACAUCCCAUAGACUCUCAAUGAGGUUAAGAUCUGGACUCUGUGGUGAACUCUCUCAAUCCUUGUGUGCAAAUGAUGAUCUCAUGCUCCCUGAAUCACUCUUUCACAAUUCCAGCUCCAUGAAUCCUGACAUUGUUAUCUUGGAAUAUGCUCGUGUCAUCAGGGAAGAAAAAAAUCCAUUGAUGGAAUAACCUGGUCUAUAUUCAGUAUAUUCAGGUAGUCAGCUGACCUCAUUCUUUCAGCACAUACUGUUGCUGAACCUAAACCUGCAGACCAACUGCAGCAUCAACCCCAGAUUAUUUACUUAGUUAUAUCCAGGUGGUGACUUUUUUGGCCAGGUAUUUGUUAUAUUUAUUAUAGCAUUUUAGGGCUUUCCAAUUUGUACUUCUCCUUUUUAGAACCAUUUGUAUAUUCCUUGGAACGUUUCUUAGUGAAACCGUAUUUUUUUUUGUUUUUGUGUUUGUUUAUUUUAGUGCAGCAUACUCUCAGUAGGGGGCUGUGAUGUGUUAGUAGUGUGUAAUUGUGAUGACAGAAAUUAACUGAUAUCAGUCACGCCCUAAGGCAUACACAGGCUACUCAUAAUUGUGAUACUUGCCUGGAUUUUUGAUUAUUCAUCAUUCAAUGAUGCAUUAAACAGGUUAAUAUGUUAAUUAUUAUUAU